AUGAGCCUACGCCAACCCACUUCUACCCUGGACAGCCCUUUCGCUGCUUGGUUGAGCAGUUUAACCAUCGGGGACUCAGAACGCAAGUCCUCCGCUGCCCACCAGAGGGAGCCCUGCACUGACAUCCCCACAGAAAGCGCGGGUCCUGGUCUGGUUCAGAGAUGUGUAGUGGUUCAGAAGGACCAGCUGGGCUUUGGCUUCACCGUGUGUGGGGAGAGAGUGAAGCUUGUCCAGAACGUACGGCCAGGCGGCGCUGCAGUCAAAGCUGGGGUCCAAGAAGGAGAUCGAAUCAUAAAGGUGAACGGCUCGCUGGUGUCCUCCAUGACCCAUCAGGAGGUUGUCAAACUCAUCAAGUCUGGAACCUAUGUGGCUCUCACGCUACAAGGCCCACCCCCCUCAGCUGCUUCUGUGCCUUUGGAGCCCCUCCCCACCGACCUCUCCUCCCCCAAUCAGAGGACGUCGUUAGGUGGACAAGUCCCGCCCCCUCCGCCGCCACCCCUACCCUCAGGACUCAGCAGCACUCCCUCCCAAAGAAUCACUGGGCCCAAACCGUUGCAGGACCCCGUAGUUAAAAAACACGCCACAGAAAUCCUCAGGAAAAUGCUGGAGCAAGAAGAAGCCGAGCUACAGAGCCUUCUGGAGGAGCGAUUGAGGAACCCGUCGCCAUCACUGGAAGAGAGAAUCGAAAGUGCGAAGAGGAGAGCUCAACAAGUCCGGAUCAAGAUUCAACAAGACCAGGAGGGAUCACGGCCAGAAUCUGUGACCAGCUACGUCCUAGCAGGAGGUCGAUUGUCGAUGGACUCUGGGGAAGGAGACAUGGAGGCCUUUGACAGCCCUCACUCCUCCCCCUCAUCCUCCUUCAGGACGUCCCAACACCGACGGCACAACUCUGACACACACCCCCUGUCGGAGUCGAACGUAAAGGCACAGAUCAUUAGCCCUGAGGAUGAAGACGAGGAGGACGACGGCUACGAAUACAUCGAGAUGGACGGCCCGUUUCAGGACAUCGAGAUAUUAAAGUCACGUCCCGCUCACAUGACCGUGUUCAUGAGAUACGUGUUCAGCCAACUCCUCGACCCCAAUCCUCUGCUCUUUUACCUGUCUGUGGAGGCGUACCUCGGCUCCAGCCCUAAAGAUGCUCGUGCCCUCGCCCCUCAGAUCUGCUCCCAUUUCCUGGACUCUGACGCUCCAUUGAAAAUCAAAGCCAGAGAGGAGUACUUGUCAGAUAUUGAGACGAGACUUCAUGCUCAGGAGGACAUCAGGGGACCUCUGUCUGAGCUUCAGCAGCAGGUGUUGCCGGACAUACAAGACCAGAUCCAAGAUUACAGAAACAAGCAGAUGAUGGGCCUGGGCUCUCUGUUCGGAGAAGGGGAUCUGCUGCAGCUGGACGGAGACCCGGCGAAGGAGAGGCAGGUGGUGGACAGACAGCUCACCGCUCUGUGGGAGAUUCUAUCAAAACACGAGGAGGACAGAAGUUCUCCGAUCGCUUCAGCCGUGCUUCUGUACCUCCGACACUCUGGGAUCAAACUGAGGGAUUCUAAAGUCUUUCCCGGGCUCAGCGUUGAAAAAGACAAGUGGCUCGCAUUUUUGAAGACCAAAAAGCUGGGCGGUGCUAAGAAAGACAAGGAGAAAGAUGGCGAGGACAAGAAGAGAAAUCCCAUCUUGAAAUACAUCGGAAAACCACGCAACUCGUCGCAGUCAACGUCCCAUGCCCCGUUGUCUCCCUCCGAAGUGCGUCCUGGAAAUGUGAGGAACAUCAUCCAGCAGUUUGAGAGCAGCUCGGAGGCGGGAGAGGAGGGCGACAGCUCGGACUCCCAGAGACUCUCCACCAGCAGCCUGGGCGAAGACAGCAUGGACAGCCCGACCAUCUCUGUGCGCUUGGCCCGGAGCGAGUCCCUGAAGGCACAGGGGGAGGGGCGUCGGCGAGGGGCGGGGUCAGGGCCGGAGUCCGUGCCCCGUUCCCGUAGCGACGUGGACAUGGAAGAGUGUGGAGAGGAGAGGGAGAGCAACGCACUCCGACCACUGCAGCACAGCGCCUCGUCGUCUGCAUCCAGCACCUCGGCUCGGUCCCUUGAGAACCCCACUCCCCCAUACACCCCACGCUCCAGACGCAGGAGUAUGGACUCUCCGCUGGCUCUGCUGCCGGACGCUCCUGCUCUCGAGGACGAAGUUUGUGAAGCUCAGAACUGGCAGGAGACCGUCUCUGCUCAGCUCCUGGCAACACUCAGCCCCAAGGAGGUCGACCGGCAAGCUGUCAUUUACGAGCUGUUCAUGACGGAGGUGUCCCAUCUGAGGACUCUGAGGGUCCUGGACCAGGUUUUCUAUCAGAAAAUGAGGACAGUGCUGAACUUUGAUGAGCUGACCUGCAUCUUCCCCAACCUCCAACAAGUCUACGAGCUCCAUGCGAGUCUCUGUGAAGCAAUGAAAAAGAGAAGAGACUCCCCCGUUGUACCGGACAUCGGCGACGUAAUCCUUGCCAGAUUUGAAGGCACAGCCGGGGAGGAGUUCCAGGACCAGGCAGGUCAGCUGUGCAGUCAGCAGUCGCAGGCGCUGGAGCUGAUCAAAAACAAACAGCGCAAAGACCCUCGAUUCGCUCACAUCAUCCAAGAGUGCGAGUCGAGCCCUCACUGUCGGCGGCUGCAGCUCAAAGAUCUUCUGGUUUGUGAGAUGCAGAGACUCACAAAGUAUCCCCUGCUCCUGGACAACAUCAUCAAGCACACAGACGCCGGCUCUUCGGACCUGUUGUCACUACAUCGCGCUCAGGCUUGUUGCCGGGUAAUACUACAGUAUGUUAACGAGGUCGUCGGGGAAACGGAGCAGCGGUUACGGCUCGGCCAAUACCAGCGGAGACUCGACGCCGCGCCACAAUUUAAGAGUCUCGAUCUAACCACAAAAAGAAUGAUCCACGAAGGCCCUCUCACGUGGAAAGUCACAAAAGACAAGCAGCUGGAGAUCCAGGCCCUGCUGUUGUCGGACUGCCUGGUUCUCCUGCAGAGGUGUCCAGACGAGCGGCUGCAGCUGCGGUACCCGUCCCGCUGGAUGGGGGGAGGAGGGGGAACCACGGGGGACGGGAAAACCUCAUUCAGUCCACUGGUCAAACUGGACUCGCUCCUGGUGCGCUCAGUGGCAACAGAUAACAAAGCGCUGUACAUCAUCAGCACGACCGAGAGGCAGAUCUACGAACUGGUGGCCGGGACACUGUCUGAGAAAAACACGUGGAAAGAUUUACUUGAAAAAACAAUAUCUCAAUCCAGUGGCUCAUCGCCGCUCAUCAACCACGGGUCAAAGCGAAUAUCCUCACAAAGCGUUGGCAGUUCUUCUCCAACAUCAACGAACGAAGAAAUCUCACUGAUGGAGCGGCAGGACUCCAGAGGAAACCAUUCGUCCAACAACGCAGAGCUUUUAGCCGACACAAGUUCAGAACAAGACUCUUUCUUCUGCGGCGAGAGGCGAGAGGAGGGCGUGGCGGAGGCGGCUUUACAAGACGUGGAAACACUCAGGCAGCUCAUAUUACGGGAUCUGGAGGAGGACGGCUGCAGUCAGAACUCAGACGACACGCCCACCAACGACUCGGCCACGGACAAACGGCGGCCCGAGUCCCUGGAGACGGUUCUCAACUUCAGUACCAGCGAAGAACCAGGGGAACCAGGAGAACCAGGGGAACCAGGAGAACCAGGAGAACCAGGAGAACCAGGGGAACCAGGAGAACCAGGAGAACCAGGAGAACCAGGGGAACUAGAGGAGCCUCAGCCACGACUCGUGAGGAAAGCUGUGGUUGGGGGCUCUUUCUCUUCCUCUGUCCCUGAUGACAUCACACUCUCCUCUGACCAAUCGAGCGAGACGAACGGGAACUUGUUCUACCUGGUGAUGCCCACGGAUCACGGCGAGAGCGGCACGGACGACCUCACUGAUCCCCCCACGCCCAUCGCCACGCACUUCCCCCCACAUCUCCAGGAAGUGAUGUCAUCAGACGCACAACUGAACCAAUCAGAGCUACUGAAGGAAAACAACAAGGGCCAAUCAGAGGCAGCUUCUCAAAGUCACGUGAUCAAAAAUGUAGAUGAGAUUUUCCACACGAUCGAGGGGUUAAUGAGUAAACUGCAACAUCUGCGGGAGAUCGAGGAGGCCCAUCAGAAGCUGCUGCAGAACCUUCGAUCCUCCACCGCGAGUCAGGACUCCGACAGCUGCUCCUCGGCCUCUGUGUCCCGGACGCCCUCCAUGGGGUCCACAGACGGGAAAGAAAGAAGCUCAGAACUGAAGAUCCAGUCGACCGGCUUCUGA